GAUAUCAACGAUAAUUCAGCUGGCUGAACGAAUAGGCGUUCUUCGUCAGAACUUUUAAAACGAGCUAAUCUAAGGGCAGCUUCAAUCAGACGACGGGUGAUACGUAAUUUGGAUUGUAGUUUGGCGAUCUCGGAAAGUGCGUGGAAAUUCUACUGAGUUGAAAAGGCAGAUUCCGCGGAAGGUGGAUUUGGAGAGGAGCUGGUCUUCGUGGGACGGUGAUUCGACGAGGAGCUGAUCUACGUGGGAUCGACGGUGGAGUCUUCAAGCAGUGAGGAGUACCAGCUUCGGAGAAUCUGCCAUUUCACCAGUUACCUGCCACGUACUUUAUGUACUUGAUUCAUACAUUUAAAUUUUUGAUGCGAUCCCGUUGUCGUUGAAGUGAUGCCGGCCGAGGAAGACCCCGCGGCGAUGGAGUGUCGGGAGCCAAGCGAUUCCCCGCAGCAGUUCUGCCUGCGGUGGAAUAACUACCAAAGCAACUUGACCAGCAGCUUUGACCAACUUUUGCAAACUCAAUCUUUCGUGGAUGUGACUCUAUCUUGCGAUGGACAAAGUUUGAAAGCACAUAAAGUGGUUCUGUCGGCAUGCAGCCCCUACUUCCAGUCGUUGUUUAUGGACAACCCUUGCCAGCACCCGAUAAUAAUAAUGCGUGACACCAAAUACUGCGACUUGAAAGCUGCGGUGGAUUUCAUGUAUCGGGGCGAGAUCAACGUGUCCCAGGAACAGAUCCCGGCACUACUGAAGGUGGCUGAGUCCCUGAAGAUCCGCGGGCUGACAGAUGUGAGCGGCGAGCACGCAGUAGUGCAGCCGGGCGGGCGCAGCGCCAAGAGGCCGGACCGGAGCCGAGAGGCGGACUCACCGCCCAAGUCGCGGCGCCGCAUGUCUGAGGACCGUGCCAGCGGCGGCUCCAGCCGAGCGCACCAGCCGACCCCCAGCCCUACGCCGGCCUCCGACCUGCUGCCGCCAACUGAGCCCGUCAUCGCGACUCCCGUCAUGCCGCCGAUGCACCCCGAAGACGUCGACAUCCGGCCCGGCAUCGCCGAGAUGAUCCGCGAGGAAGAGAGGGCUAAAAUGAUCGAGAACUCCCAGGCUUGGCUCGGAGCCUCCACGUCUGCAGCAAUCGCAGAUAGCUACCAAUAUCAACUCCAGUCGAUGUGGCAGAAGUGCUGGAACACGCAGACACUGGUCCACAACCUGCGGUUCCGCGAACGUGGCCCACUCAAGUCCUGGCGGCCAGAGACCAUGGCCGAAGCCAUCUUCUCCGUGCUGAAGGAAGGGCUCUCACUCUCGCAGGCGGCCCGCAAAUACGAUAUCCCCUACCCCACCUUCGUGCUAUACGCCAACCGGGUCCACAACAUGCUGGGACCCAGCGCUGAUGGUGGUGCAGAUUUAAGACCAAAGGGAAGGGGACGACCGCAAAGGAUCUUACUGGGCGUAUGGCCCGACGAGCACAUUCGAGGAGUAAUCCGCGCGGUAGUGUUCAGAGACACCCACGCGCCCUGCGCCCCGCAGGCCACAAACCUUAAAGAGAUCGAACUGCCGGGCUACCCCGCCAUCGCACCGGACGGUGUGGCCGUUCCAAAUGCUUACAUCGGAUGUGGCAACGGCCGCGAGGGCCGCAUGUCUCCCAACGCCGCCGCCGCCGCUGCCGUGGCCGCCGUGGCGCACGGGCUGCGCCGGCAGAUGUGCAACAUGGUCGCUGGCCAGCGCCCGCCCGACCACCCGCCACACAUGGGCCCGCCCAUGCAGUCGUCGCCGCAGCUCACGUCACCGCUCUCCACCGGGCUAGAGUCUCCCCUGUGCUCGCCCCCGCCACCUGGCCACGCGCUGGAGCCCGCCAAGCAUCCAGAUCCAUUCCGCCCCUUCGCCUCACCGACUGAGAGCCGCUACAGCGACCGCGAUACUGCUUCUGAUAUUACGCUGAUGGGUCCCCCAAAGAAUGGACAAGGUCAUGCCAGGAAGAGCUCUGGCCAAGGCUCGUCGCCCUCCGAGCUGGAUGCGGUAGACGGGCGCGCGGACAUCUGAAGCGAGGCCGCGGGCAUGGUGCCGGUGAUGCCGCCUAUGGGCCUGCCACCGCCGCCGAUCCCGAUGCCCGCGUACAAGUACUUCGUUCCGAACGGAAACAGCUCCACCUAUUAUUAAACCGUAACGACGCGGGGUUCCCACCACCGACAGAGCUCUCUCACCCGACCGGGUAGUGCUACUCUAUGCUCUAUGGACCCCACGCCCGAUACAUUGUCUCUCUUUCAAAGUGUAAGCCGAUAUAACAGUCGACGUCAUUAAUUUUUAUCACCGCAGUACAGUCAGCAUCAUCAACAGCGGUAUGUUUCAAUUUAUUGCAUUUACACUAGAGCUUGAAAGCACGUGUUAUGGUGCUGACUGUGUAAAUGAGAUGAUUUAUUUAAAUUCAUGAAACUUUCUGAAACCUCGUGAAAACAGAUCUAAUAAGAUCUUUCCUUGCAACCCAAAGAAUUUGUGUGAAUCUGUAAUGUAUUUUUGUUGACAAGUGUUUUAUGUUUUAUGCGGGACAAUUAAAACUGCGGUGAAGUUGCAAACAAUAUUGGCGGUAUAAAGAGACACGACACUGCGCUGUCGCAUAGUACUCGCUACUCGCUACCGUCAGGCGUAUCGAAGCGACCAGCCGCGAGAUGCCAAAUGUUGCAAUCCUCGGAUGUGGGGAUUGCAAGCAGAGAGUAAUAUAAUCGUGUGAAGUGUGUGUCGGUGUAGGCAGACACAUUGAGGUUCGUUGCGCCCGUUGCACAUUCCAAGGACGAACUGGAGCUGUUUACCACUCGGAGUUUAGAGACGAUCACGUGACGGGCCCGAGACGGGUUAAGUUGUUUUAAUCAAUAUUUCAAAUCGGCAUUAAUUUAUGAUCAUAUUUAAUAAAUUAUUGUGGACUCGCUGUGCAAUACAAUGCUUUGUUAUUAGUUAACUUUUGUAACAUUAUGGAUUUAUAUUGUGUUCCAUUGAUAUAUUUUAAGUUUUCUUUAAUAUUGUUUGAUGGGCACGGGUGCGUGGUCGGCCACUCAGUGCGCCGACGCCGCCCGAUUUCCACACACUAUUAUUAUCUUAUCAUAAGUAGAACUUCGAGAUACGUGUAAGCUUAAACUAAUACAUUACAAUCUAGAUCCAUCUGUGAACGUAGGGAUUAUCAAAAUUAAAAAAAAUAUAUUAUAUAUACGUAUGUAUACAUUAUAUAAUAUAUGUAUAUUUAUUCGGCCCGAUUCAAAAGACUGUUCGGUAUACCUAUUCAUUAUGAUUCAGCAAACAUAUUUAAGUAAUGAUGAAAUGAUGGAUUAUCGUUAGAUUUAAUUCUUUAAAGUGUAGCUGUCCUCUCGUUUCAUGUCAGGUCGAUGUCAAUUUCUCUAGUAACCGUGAUAGUGGAUAGUGUGUGUUGUCGCUUGCGGGGCUCCCGCUUCUCAGCUCAUUGUUCACUGUUCGUGCAGCGAUUCACAUACGUGUAGAAUUAGUGAUCGCCAAAUGUAAUUUAGAUGUACUCGUAUCGUUAGUCAGUAGUGAUUGUUCCAAAUGUUAGGCUAUGUUAGGUGUACGCGACGGUGCCCGCUUCUAACUGUUAACAGACACACCCCUGGCCCAAGGCACACCUACCAUCAGAAUCAAACAAUAUUUUGAUUCCAACUGUACUUUUCUAGUGUGGCAACAUUUUAGAACCAAGUGUUCUUUUUCUAAAAUACUUAUGAAUCAAUUCAACUUUUGAAUUGUUGCGCAGGCGUUCAAAACGCCUAUAAACGUGGUUAUAUUUAAUACUACGAUGUUUUAGUUAUUAUAUUAUUUUCUGUUAAAUGUUCAAGGCUCGUUAUUUAUAAUUUAAUUGUUUAUGAUACACGUAAGUGACGGAAUUAAAGUUUGAUGUUACCACGACAAGGAGAUUGUACGCUGAAAAGACAGAACAAAUAAUUUAAAACAAAAUACAACAUUGUACUCUUUGUACACAAACUUAAUUCACGUCAAUACAUGUGUUGCCACUCUACAAAAGUACAAGAUGUCACAUUCUCUCAAUGACCCAGGUUUCUUAUAAUAAUUAAGUAAUAAUUUUAUUACACUAAGAGAUUGUAAAGCUUAUUAAUAAAAUAGUGUAAUUUAAUUAAGAACUACGGAUAAAUACAAGAUUAUUUUAUUUAAUGAAGCUUUCGGGAACAAGUUUAGGCUCACAGUUAAACUUUCUUACAAUGAUCUCAUGACUUGACUGACUUUAUGGUUUACUAGCAAAGAGCUAGUAUGACCUAGGGUUGCAACGAUCUUCAAACGUGAUGACAGAAUCACUUAUUAAAAUGUAAUACAGAUUUUCUCUUCCCAAUAUAUCCUUUGAUCCGAAACCUCGUGAGACUCCUAUAUAAGCGUUAACUUGGAGGAGCGUGGCCCGUCGCCUUAGGUUUAGGUGCACUAAAAUCGCCAAGUACCUACUGAAUGUUCAUCAUUCAUCUGUCUGCUAUACCACCUAUGCAUGAUUAGUAUUAUACAUUUCAAUUUGCUUAUAUUAGCUAUGUAACUACUCGUAGCGAGAUCCAGUGUUAUUCGACGCUCUAGCCCGCGGGGAGGAGGUGCGCACGCGUCCUCGCCCCGUGUGUGUCGCCGUCGCUAGGACUUUAAGGUGUGUAUGUACAAAUUUGUUUUAUCAACAACUACUUCCUGGACGCAUAAUUUCGUUUCAUAGUUUGGAUUAAAAAUUACUAGUGUUACCUUCUUGCCGCAGGGGUAUCCACGAUUUAGGUAUUGUUGGCGGAAAUUGUUGGCGUUCACGUAUUCAUUUGUCGCGUUGUGGGGAGAGGCUGGCGCGUAGGAGGCGCGCACAGCGUGUGCGCUGCGCGUGCGACUGCGCGCCGGCGAGGACUCGUCGCAAAACAUGGUGACCAUGUUUUAUAAUUAGUCUCCAAGUGGCCUUGAUACUUCAUUAUUAUUUUGGUAUUUGGAAUAUCCGGUUUGGUUAAAGUUUGGAACUAGAAUAUAAAAAAGACCAAAUUAUUAAAUUUGUGAAAAAAUUAUUACAUCUGCAAUUCAGAUUAAUGUUAAAACUAUUUGGCUGUCCUUUUGGAAAUAAAUUUAAUCUAGGUAAAAAAAAUUAAAAAUUAUAUACUGGGCCUAUAACGUUUCGGACGAAUUGCGUAGAUUUUGGUAAAUUUUACUACGCAUAUUUUCUAUUGUGUAAGGUUAGGCUAAUGUGUUCAAAAAAAUAAAUUAAAAUUUAAAUUUUUUGAAAAGUAGAAAGUGCCUUCCAAAUUUUUGACCACAGUAAGUGUUGGGGGGGAUGCGGCGAAGUGGGGUUGGGGGUGGCUGGCAGCAGCCGGGCAGGGCGGGGCCAGCGAGACGCGGGUACAUGCCAGUGCAGCGCCGCACUGCUGCUGCCCGCCACCCGAACGUGCUUAAAUAUAAAAAGUUAGAAUAAAAUAAAAAUUCAAAAUUAUUAUAUAAAAGAUAAAUACAUAUGACUAUUAUAUAGAAAAAAAUAUACAUAAAAUUAUAUAUUUGGGCGAUGUGGUUAUACCCUGACAGGCAAGCGAUAGCUAACUAUUCGGUGUCCAAAUUGAUUCUAUUUCUUUGUGAACCAUUACACGGUCACUUAAAUCCAUUAAUUAAACAAUGCAGACAUGCAAGUGCCAUUUGUUUUAAACUGAAUCACUUAUGGUUCAUAUUUUUUGUAUCAGAAUGUGGAUUUUGUAGUUAUAAUUAAUCAUUAAUUUAUUGUAUUGGAAAAAAUAUACAUUUCGGAUAACAUAAAUAAGUACCUAUGUGUUAUUUUCGUGAUAGAUAAGUAAAAACAACUUGUAGUAAUAUAAUAUACACCCACGGAGGCGGUUUUGGUUGGUUCGUAAUUUACAUGAAUAGAUGUUAAUUUUUUUUUUAUUUUAGUUAAUGUAAUCGUUACUGGCGACCAUUACAUUGUGUUAUACUGCAUGACAAAUCUUAACUUUUUUGUGAUAAAUAUAUAUAAUUUGAAGAACGAUAUUGUAUAUCUACUGAUAUGAUUGCUCUUUUGGAUUAUUAUAAUUGUGGAUAUUUAUUUGAUGUAGCGCAACUGCCGCUGUUGGGCUCAAAUUGACCUUUACUUUAGUAGCGUGUCCAUUGUAACCAAAAAUAUUUUACUUUUACAAUUCCAGUGUUUAAUGUACGACUGUUUAGUUUUAAGUAUCAUUGUCGUUAGGUAUCUGCAUACUGGUACCUAUAUAUAUAUUGUCUACUUGCUUUUUACUACUUGUAGGUAUCAGGUAACGACCUAGGUACAUAUCACAGAUUAGGUUUUGUCACCCCAGUACUUUUGUAAGUAGUAUUAUUAGUUAGAUUUUUGUUAAUAGAUUUUCACUUAAGCCUUCCUUCUCCAUCUUCUUUGUGUCUCCUUAAAUGAAACUAGUUGGUUUCAUCCACUGCGUUUACACCUGUCUAAUCAUUGGGAUGACAAAAUCAAAUGAAAUAAGUAUUUUCAAUUACAAAAAAAAUGUAAUUUUAAUUUAAUACAAUAUUGUAAACAAACGUUAACUUGGUUAGUCAGCGAUAAUGCUAUUGUUAUUAGAUUUCACUAUAACACCGGCGGGUUCUGGCAACGUUUUGUUUAUUACAAAAAGAACCCUAGGUACUCCAUAUACAAUGUACCUAGAAAUAGUAAAUUAGUGAUAGACAAAACAGUGUCAGGGCCGCGGUGAGCACAGGUUAUUUCUAAUUCAGUUAUUUAUUAUUAAGAUAAUUUCGAACUUAUGUUAUUCUGUGUUCCUGAAAUGGUGUAACUUUAUUUGUAUGUAGGUAAACACGUAUAAUUAUAAUAACUGUAAGUAAGUGUUUAGACUGUUGCCACGCUAUAUCUACACUAUCCCAGUAAAAUCAUCGUUUCGUAACCCAUCUCUUCGAAUAACAUUCGAAUCUUACGAUAUACUUAUGGAAUCUCAGAGCAGAUAAUUCGCUACAAUCGCUAUAUUCUUAGUGGUGUUACGAUUACUUAUAAAGGCACAGAGUUAGUAAACGAUGAUUGUACGAGUGGCACACUAAUAUCGAUACAUUCAGUGUUUAUCUUAAGUACAAUUUAUGAAAAUUGAUGUAAUCUUUUAUUCAUGCCGGUAUUCGUAUAGAUGUUACCCAAGUGAACACAGGUCUAUAAUGGCCGGUAAAUAAAUACAUUGUAUGUAGUAUAUCUGUCUCCAUUAAAUUCAUUAAUUUAAGUUUGUUAUUGUCACAGUGUACCGUUGUCUGAAUAAAUAAUAUAACAUGAAAAUA